AUGGGUGUCGAUACGCGCAGACCGAUCUUGCCCGCCCCCACUGAAUCCAUAGUCGACACAACCACUGGCGAGAGUACAACAGGGACUGAUUUGGCAACUGACGUAUCUCGACGCACAGACAAGACGUCGUAUUCGAUUCCCGACGACGGGAGUCCUGUUACCAUCCCCACUCAGCGCAGGCACUGUGCCCACGGCGACAAUUCCAAACUGUCCCGUGCGGAGCAACACUCCCAGACCUCCCUGCUCAUCGAAUACUUCGAGGGCGGGAAGGGUUCUGGCUCCCUGGUCUCCCGUCCCAGUGUCCGAGUCCGGGUCACUCCUUCGUCUUCCAGGAAGUUGAAGGACCAGGAUCAUCAUAUCCAGAUCACCGAACACGGCAGCGGCCGAAACCCCACAUAUUCGCGUCGCAUCUCUCUCAGCUCGCCUCCCCGAGCCAAGUCGCAGCCGAAAGAAUACGGCAUUGAUGAGUACAGCGUUAGCUCCCAAUCCGCUUCCGAUGACCAGCGUCUCCCUGGCCGUUCCCCCGUCGAAAUUGAGCUCAUGAAUCGUGACCAGGCCAGCGAGCUCUCCACCAUCUCUCGCGACAGAUACUUCAACCCUACCUCGGAUAUUUCGUCUAUGCCCGCGGAUUCCAUGCUAGAAGCCCCCUCUUCUGGUCCCCGACGAAAACGCAGUUCCAGUUUAGAACGAGAGCAGAGCUCCGACGCGAAAUCCUACCUCAAAACUCCCAACCGCAAGAGAAGUCGCAGUUUAAGCGCCGAACGCGUUGCCCAUCGGGUUGUUGAGAAACUGAGCCACGGUCCCCGUGAGGCCGCCGCCAACAAUAACCCCCUGGGCAAAGGCCAGCAGCAGCGCGCAGCGUAUAACAACAACAGAGACAUCGGUGACUUCCAAGAAUCCGAUCCCAAAUCUCCUCGACGACGAUUCGCCGCGUACCGUGGUGACGACGAAAAUAUGAGUCCCGAAUCCAGCCUGUUGAGCGCUUCGGCGCUGUCCUCGCAUCGCAAAUCCGGGGACCAGUAUUCCUUCAAAUCAGGCACUUCUAAAUCAUCUAUCAACAACCCCAAACUCCUCGAAACCGUCGAAGAUGCCAUCCGACGGCUGAUCCUCCCCGAACUCAAAGAACUAAAGAAGGAUCAAAAGGUGAUGACCAACACCUCCAAGUUUGAACGUGACAUCAGUGCUUCCUACUCCCCCGCCAGCUCCCCGUCCCGGGACGAACUGGGCCGACGGCUCUCCAAACAUGCCAGUGCCCCCGACGUCAGAAAGCCCAAGGUGGUCCUCAACAAGGACAGCCAAGAAGAAGGUAUUGUCCUCUCGGGUGAUUCGGUCCCGUCGCAGCGUGAGCGAAGGCCCAGUAGAGACAGCGAGAUGACCAGCGAUACAAGUCAAAUCAAAUGGGGAUCUCGUCCCGAACUGACCGAACAGGAAAAGUUGCGCCGACAAAGGAGCAGGGGUCUCCGUGAUGCCGAAAAGGCGGGUCGUGUGGGAAAUGCCCUGACGGCUGCCGCUCUCAAGCACCACGACUCGCGAUCGAGCAUCGAUAAGAAUGAACGACGUCGGCCGAGUGGUCCCCGAAGUCGAACUGGAAGUGUCAAUGAAACGGAGCUGGUCUUCCAAAAACACAACGUGGCGCCUAUGCCCCUUCGCAGCGCCAUCGAAUCUGAAAUGACAAGGGAUUCGCUGCUUUCAGAGCAAACCCGCGAGCCUACAGAGCUCAGUGACAAUCGAUAUGCCACGCAGGAAGUGUCUCGCGGGUCGCCGAGGCAGAUGACUUCGCCCACUUCCCGCGCUCCAAACCGUGACCCCAUAGACUCGCGCUACGACCUCAAGCACAGCAACAUGUCCAGUCACAACCUGUCGAUCCACAGCGCCUCAGACCAUGAUGAUCGCGAGCAAAGCUACUCGCCCGUCGGAGAUGCCGCUGCCGGGGCCAUCGCGGCGGCGGCGGUGGCGAACCUCCUAGGCGUGUCCGAGCACGAGACCGGGUUCAAUGACCGUCGACGCACACUCAGCCCGAUUCAAAGCGUCGCGAGCUACCAGAGCGAACCGCACGUCAAGCAGGACUCGACUCGCCGUGAUGGUCAGGCGAACUCGGCGGACGAAAGAGGUUUGGAACAACGUUUGUCCAUCGACUCCCUUUCCUCCGCUCCAAGCACUAAUCUCGCGAGAUCGACACGGCCAGAAUACACAAACCAGAGUGAUUUCCUACGACAUCGCCAUGACGAUGAUUAUGAUGAUCACGAUCUCGGCUACGAGUCAACCCCUGUGGCUUCCCCGCGCAAUCGGAAGUGGCACGAAGAGGAAGAAGAUGACUACGACGAUGAUCACCACCAAAACGACGAUCAUUACGACAACUACGAAGAUGAUGGCUAUGCGUAUCGAAACUCGAUUGCCGAAACGGCGACUACCAACGAUGACCCCAAAAGAAUGGCCGGCUACACCGACAACAGUGAAGUCAACUUCAUGGACAAGGUCAAGCAAGGUCACCCUGUUGCGGGCAUUGGGUCCAACCCUCAAUAUGUCCAUCCCUCGACGGUGGAGUCCGCCGUGGCCUCUCUCCUUGAUCCUACUAUACUGGGGGGCAAGUCCGAUCUGUCUGGGGCCACCCGCUCGCAGACCGAGACCGAUCUUUCCCGACGGGUUGUCGAGAACCACAGCCGCAGCCCGAGCCCCAAACCCGUAGAGAGGACGGGCCAAGCACCCCCUGGGUCCCGGCACGGAAGUCCUCUCAAACAGCGUCAGGAUGCCUCGAGCCCGGAUGCCACCUCUUUCCCCCGGCGGAUGGGCGCGACCUCCCCUCCUCAAAGCGUGACGCAGUCACUGGAUGACCUGGGGCCAACUCCAAGGUUCGCUCACGAGGAUUACCAUGACCACGGGAGCCCCAGCCCCAUGGCAGACCGCAGCCCUGAUUCAGAAUCAGAGAUCAACACCAAUCCAUCUAUCAUUCAAGGGCCCAUUGGAGGAGUCCCCCAUGACCACUGGGCGGGGUAUGAUCAAACACCGUCUAGAGGUGAUCAAUCCCCUCUCUUUGACAACACGGGCGCCGCUGCUGGCAGCGCAGGCCUUGGUUUGGACCCGAUGGAUCAUCAGCAACCCGGUUACCACCAAGACUAUUACGCCAACGACUAUGAUCCCAGCGGUGCUGAUUACUACGAUCAGCAGUACCCGAGAGGGGAGUUGUUCGGCACGCCUCCCGGGAUCAAGGACGAGGGUUAUGUGUCGGCUGCCAAUCCUCUCUCCCCCAGCAAUGACACCCCCGAGCCCAAGGGAUUUGGUGGCAUGGGUCUUUUUGAUAGUCCAACUGGUGAUCAACCGCGCCAACUCAGUGGAUACUCUCAGGGAGUGGGUUCGCCCUUGUAUGAUAGCGCAACAGGUCGAGGGAUUGAGCGAAUUCAGUCCAAGGAUAUUGUGGCACUCAUGGACCACCUUACCGUUCGUGAUGCCCAGCGGAAUGCUCGGGAUACGGAGAUUCUUGUGACUCUAGUGCGAAGCGCAGCCGAGAUGCGCAACUCUUUCGAAGAGAUGAAAAAAUUCAUUUCCCAGCAGGAUGAUCUCCUAAUGGAGUCGAGUGACCGGCAGCAUGACCGCACGUUCCGGGCCCUCGGCGGACCGCGCCCACUCCCAGCCAGCGGUGCCCGAGGCGCGCGUCAGAACUCCGCCGAAGAUGGCGAAGACAUGCGCUCCAAGCGAAAGAAUGUGUUCAAGCGUGCCCUCAAGGGUCUGAGCCUCAAGUCUGGCAACGACUUAGGCCGCAUCGAGGACAUGCUGGAACAGCUUCUGGACGAGGUUGAGAUCCUGCGCACCGGUCAAGAUGAUCAGCUCAUGCGCAGAAGUACUCGAGCCCCCAGCGUGGAUCCCGAGGGCUACGAACCCGAUGGCCACGCCGGGACUUCUUCUGAUAACCACUCCGGAUAUCUCUCCACUUUCUCUCGUCCGGUCCAGGAGCCGCGGGGGGUCAGCGGGAGGAGGGAACCUGAGCACCGCGUGAGUACCGUGCCGGAAGCCGAUGAGGAGGACGAAGAGGAACUGGAUGCCAAUGGGCGAGGCGAAUUCCUCAGCCCGCAUCUAGCCUCAAUGGAGAACUCCAAAAAUCGGCAUGAAAGGGCCGGGUCUGCACCGGUCUCGACACCUCCUCGAACUGUUCCUAUGGCUUCGGGUGCACUCAGCAACGAAACCACGCCGAAGACGAGCGACAAAGCGCGCAAGCACAAGUCCAGCAGCUCCUCGUUCUUCCCCAAGAUCUCCCGGUGGUCCAAGACUACGGCGUCAUCGAUGGGUGACAACAUCCGAAACAGCGUGCAGCCGUCGCGCAAAGACCGGGUGUCGUUUGAGGCGUCGCGCUCUGGAUCUGACGUCAACGGCCCGUACCGGGCAGGCGAUUACUACGAUGCCCAGGGUGAUGACAGGAUACGGUCCACUUACACUCUAGAUGAUCAACGACAGGAGAACCGUCCCCCGUCACCCCUGGUCCCAAGCCAGCUUUCCGAGGCACCGAAAUAUCAGGCCCAUCGAGACAGUCUCGAUCUCCAACAUCCCCAGCCCCGGCAGGGUCCUACGGGGCGAUACCAGAGUGCACUGGAAACCCAGGCACAGGCGUACGGCAUCCCUGUCGAUCAGUGGGGGUCCAAUCCCAGCCUGUCGGGUGUCCACACCAACAACCAGCGACACAGUGGCGCCAGUCGUCUCUCUCCCAUUUCGGACGCAGGGUACUCCGAGGCCAGCUCCCGCACGGGAGGGCCACCCAGGCCGCCGAAGGUUCGAGAUGAUGGGCCAUUGAUUCCCGAGCGGGCUCCUAAGAGCAGUGUUGGAGACGAGGAUAGAUCUUAUGCGGAUCGCGUUGCUUCUCGGAGCUCUGCGAUGCGCUCUCCUCGCAGCACGCCGCCUCCUGCCCGGAAGCCUACGGGACCUCGUCCUUUGACCUCGGGGAAUCCUAACAGCCCUGGACGGCGGAAGCGAAGCUACUACCGUGGCAGCCCCGAUCAGAUCGACGACGAGCAUGUUUAUUGA